AUGCCCUCUGUCACCGAGGAACGCUCUUCUACAGUCGUCGACGUUGCCAUCUGCGGCGGUGGACCAACUGGCCUUGCAACCGCAUUGCUCAUGAAGAGGCUGGGAGUCUCGGUCUGUGUCAUUGACGCCAAGCCUGCCAGUCUCGAGCUCGGCCGUGCAGACGCCCUGAAUGCGAGAACCCAGCAGUACCUAGAGCUUGCCGAUCUCCUCGGCGAAUUGAUUCCCCAAGGCAUUACAUGCAACACGAGCUCGACAUUUGGCAAUGGCGAGUUCAUCUCGCGGCAGAACCAGUGGUGGGUGAGCCUCGAGCACACGCUGAACAAGAAUUUUCUCAUGCUCGGCCAGCCCGUCGUGGAGAAGAUGCUGGCCGACAAGCUGGGCAGCGACGUCCACUACGGCGAGCAGGUUGCGUCCAUCAGCGAGGAUGAGAGCGGUGUCAGCAUCGUGACGAGCACCGGUCGCCAGGUGCGCAGCAAGUACGCGCUCGGCGCCGACGGAGCGCGCUCCAUGGUACGCAAGGCCAUCGGCGCCACCUUUUCCGGCACCAAGCCCGAGAUGCUGUGGGCGGUCCUGGACACGUACAUUGACACCGACUUCCCGAGAUGCCCAGAGAUUAUCACGUUUCAGCUCGACGGCCAGUCUCGCGUCUCGUGGAUCCCGCGGGAGCGCGGCCUGUGCCGCUUCUACGUGCUGCUCGAGGGCCAGGUGUCGUGUGAGCUGGCACAGCAGUCUAUCAAGGACCACAUGGCUCCCCACAAGGUUGAGUUUACCGAAACAGUGUGGUACAGCACGUUUGAUGUCAAGGAAAGAAUCGCCUCGACGUUUCAGUCCAAGGACGGCGCUGGUCGCAUCUUCCUAGGCGGCGAUGCGGCGCACGUGCACUCGGUCAACGGUGGCCAAGGGCUGAACACGGGCAUCGCGGACGCCUUCAACCUUGCAUGGCGACUCGCCAUGGUCAUCAACGAGCCAAGCCUGGGCAAAGAGGCGGCCCGCACGCUAUUGGUCAGCUACGACACGGAAAGGCGCAGCACGGCGCAGGGUGUGAUUGACGUGGCCGCUGCGCUUGUGCGUGACACGGUGCGUGAGGCCAAGACGUACGUGGGUACGAUUGAGAAGAAUGCGGGCUACAUCACCGGCAUGGGCGUCUCAUACGAAGCCUGCGGCUCGCCCCUGAUCCAGCCGUCUGAGCAUGGCAUCUGGAAGGCCGGUUUUAGAUGCCCUGACAUGGUGAUCAAGCCUCUUUCGGGAGGGGAGACGAGACGGCUGUACUCGGAUGUGCGCUAUGGAAAGUAUCUGCUGCUAUCGAUUGGCAAGACCGAGGCUGCCAAGGAGUCAGGGCAUCCCGUCACCAAGUACUCUAUUCUUGCAGAGGGCGCAACCGUAGAUGCACGCUCGGAUAAGACAUUUACCGGGGACUGGGUAGCGGCAGACGAUGCUUUCUACGUUGUGGUGAGACCGGAUAUGUACAUUGCUUUUGUCAGCGAGAGCCUCGCUGCUUGUGAAGCACACAUCAGCAAGGUAUUCCAGUCAUAG